AUGGCUCAAAGAGUUCAACAGAUUACAGGACAUUUUUCAGGCAGCUAUAACCCUGCCGUUGCUAGGGUUGGUCAAAAAAGUCCUGAAGAUGUCGUUAUAGUUGUUGCAGCUCGUACUCCCAUGACAAAAUCGAAAAAAGGUGGUUUCAAGGAUGCUCUACCUGAGGAGCUCUUGGGUGCCGUUUUAAAGGCUGUUCUCGAUAAAUCAAAAAUAGACCCAAGACUUAUUCAGGACAUUGCAGUUGGAAAUGUACUUCCUGCCGGUGGUGGUGCUACAGUUGCUCGUGCUGCCUCUUUGUACGCUGGCAUUCCCGACACUUGUGCCUUGAACACUGUUAAUAGACAAUGUUCUUCUGGCCUCCAGGCUGUUACACAAAUUGCUCAUGAAAUUGCUUUGGAUCAAAUUGAAAUUGGAAUUGGUGCCGGUGUUGAAUCUAUGACCCAUGGAUAUGGUGCUGGUGCAAUGCCCCCUGAUACAUCUGAGAAGGUCUUUUCAAACCAACAAUCAGCCGAUUGCUUAUUGCCUAUGGGAAUUACUUCCGAAAAUGUUGCAAAGGAAUUCGGCAUUACUCGUGCCCAGCAGGAUGCUUUUGCCGUUGAAUCUCAUAAAAAAGCUGCUGCUGCCCAAGCAGCUGGACUUUUCAAGGAUGAAAUUAUUCCCGUGGAGACUAAAUGGAUUGAUCCCAAAACUGGUGAAGAAAAAACUAUUAUUGUCUCUGCCGAUGACGGUAUUCGUAAAGAUACUACACUUGAAGGUUUGGCUAAAUUAAAGCCCGCUUUUGCGAAGGAUGGUUCUACGACUGCUGGUACAUCAUCACAAGUUUCAGAUGGUGCAGCCGCAGUUUUGUUAAUGAAACGAAAAACUGCUGAAAAACUUGGUUUACCAAUUCUUGGUAAAUUUAUUCGUUCUGCGGCUGUUGGUGUUCCACCUCAUGUUAUGGGUAUUGGUCCAGCCUACGCUAUUCCUGAAGUGCUUAAACGAACUGGUCUUGGAAUUAAUGACAUCGAUAUUUACGAAAUUAAUGAGGCUUUCGCUUCCCAAGCUGUUUAUUGCGUCGAAAAAUUGGGCAUUGACAAGAAAAAGGUUAAUCCAAAAGGAGGUGCGAUUGCCAUCGGACAUCCUCUUGGAUGUACAGGUGCACGCCAAGUUUCUACACUUUUGUAUGAGCUAAGAAGAACAAGGAAGAAACUUGGUGUAAUUUCUAUGUGUGUUGGCUCUGGUAUGGGUAUGGCGGCAGUAUUUGAAGCCGAAUGGUAA